UUCUCCUCUUCAGACAAAGCUGGAGGAUCGAGGGGGAAAUGGAGCACCUUUGGUUGUGGAGGUUUUUAAUAGUGGUCCAAGUUUUUGACUUGUGUUUGGCCGCUGAUUCAGGAAAACACUGGGAGAGAAUUAAGGAGAAGAUAUCAGAUGCUGUUAAAGAGCACAUUCCAUGCAGACCUGCCAACUGUAGCUGCCACCUGAGUGUUUUACAGCAGGAUUUACAGCCCUUUAAAGGGGGGAUUUCAGAGGAUGUCAUGGCUGCCACGGUUCAGAGAGGAGUGGGAACCCACUACCAGAUCAUUGGACACAAGCUGUACAGGGAGCACAACUGCAUGUUCCCCGCUAGGUGCAGUGGGGUGGAGCACUUCAUACUGGAGGUGAUUGACAAGUUACCUGACUUGGAAAUGGUUGUAAAUGUGAGGGAUUACCCUCAAGUCCCCCACUGGGUGCAGCCGACCCUGCCAGUCUUCUCUUUCAGUAAGACCUCAGACUACAAGGACAUCAUGUACCCAGCAUGGACGUUUUGGGAGGGCGGGCCUGCUGUGUGGCCCAUUUACCCCACCGGACUGGGAAGAUGGGAUCUGAUGAGGGACGAGCUUGAAAAAUCUGCAACAAAUUGGCCGUGGAAGAAGAAAGAGUCCAAAGGAUUCUUUAGAGGUUCCAGAACCAGCCCUGAGCGCGACCCUCUCAUCCUUCUGUCCAGAGAAGCUCCAGAGCUGGUGGACGCAGAGUACACGAAGAACCAAGCCUGGAGGUCUGAGAAGGAUACACUCGGGAGACCCCCUGCCAAAGGAAUUCCCCUGGUAGAUCACUGCAAAUACAGGUAUUUAUUCAACUUCCGUGGUGUGGCAGCAAGCUUUCGCCUCAAACAUCUCUUCCUCUGCGGUUCUUUGGUGUUUCACGUGGGAAAUGAAUGGCAGGAGUUCUUUUACCCUCAGCUCAGGCCCUGGGUCCACUACAUCCCAGUCAAGCAGGAUCUGUCUGAUGUCAGGGAGCUUCUCGAGUUCGUUAAAGAGAAUGAUGGCAUCGCGCAGGAGAUAGCUACAAGGGGUAAGGAAUUCAUCCUCAGCCACCUGCAAAUGCAAGAUAUUUCCUGCUACUGGGAAAGACUUCUGACGGAGUUCAGCCAGCUGCUCACCUACAAACCCCAAAGAAAGAGCAGCUACAACCAGAUAGUCCACAGAGCCAGCAAAACAGAGCUGUGAGACAGACUGCGUGGGGCCGGUGCAGCUGCUGUGAAGGAAAACCUGAGAUUAUGAAUGUGAUGAUGCACGAUUUCCUUUCGAGCGGCACUACGCAGCGUUGUUGGUAUUCCAUUUUUGCCUGUGUUUAUUUAACUGAUCUGAAGUCUGACGAUUUAAGAUUCUUUUCAUGUAUUUCUGUUGAGUGCAGUGUUUUGGACCAGUGUGCACCACACAACAGCACACGUGUCCAAAAGUUACAGGCUAUACAGCCAUACUGUUGACUGUAGAUGCUGUCAUUAUGGCCCCUUUGGUCACCACGUACACAAUUGUGUACAUCACUUUCUACAGUUAUAUAUUGUACUGAAAUAUUUAAUCCCUAACAUUUCCUACCUAAAAAGAUUAGGUGGGAAGAAUAUGGAUUUUUUUUUUCCCCACAAAAAUUCCUGUAUUGUGACUGAAGGGGUUAAAAAAAGACAUGUGCUAAACUACAGGUAAACAACAAGGAUCCCUCCAUCCAUGCAUCCUUCUGUUUUCUUAACAGCUUGUCUAAUUAAAGGUUGCAAGGGGGCUGGUGCCUCAGCCACCUAUCAUAGGCCUUUGUUAAUAAAUCCGAGCCCCCCUUUUUUCAUGCAAAACCUUCAGGUGCCAGUAGGGGGCUUAUGUGCCGAGUUUUUAUUGAUCACUCUGGUUCAGUCCAGAAGUGGCGACUGUUUUCACGCCUGUUAUCCAUCUGACCAGCACAAAGUGUGUUUUUAAACAGCUGAGCUAUUUUUACUUACUAAAGAGGCAUUCCAGAAAUUUCACACGUGACUUUCUUUUUAAUUUGUCAUGAUCACUACUUGUAGAAAAAGUUGGCAAAUUUGCUUCUUUGGGGAGAAAAUAGCCAUGAUGAUGAUGAUGAUGAUGAUGGUGAUUGUGAUUAUGUUAUAGUGACAUGAUCGAGACUAUUUGAGAUGAUGAUGUGAAAGGAAUGAGUGAAUAAGGUUCAGUCCCUUCCACGAGAAAACUCUGAGGGAUUGCUGAGUAACCGCCGUAAAUAAAUGACACAUGAAUAUGUAGAAUCUGGAGGCAAGGGGCGAGAGUUUUUGGUACCAGAGCCUCUCUGGGUUCUGUUUUGCAGUCUGCUUGCAGAGCUCAUGUUUGAGCAGGCUUUGGUUGCAUGCAGGUAAAUGGUUCAUGUGAUUGGUCGAACAGUUGUUUUAACAGAAACUAAAAAAAUCUUUUGAUCCUUUCCUGGAGACAUUAGAUACAUCUAAUGAAACUGUUAUGCACUAAAUUAUUGAAAAGUUUAAUUUUAGACACUUGAACUAAGACAUUUGUUUGGAUAUAUACAAAAGAUGUGUAAUUAGGGUGGAUAGGGUUAUCAGUUUUUACAUUAAAUGUAGUUUACUAUGUUGGGAUCAUUUUAUGAACAAUAAAUCUCUUUUUUUAGUAUUGGUUAAUUCUAUGCCUGUUUGGUACAGUUAGUAAAAAUAUUCUGUAGUCCAGCUACCAGAAAUUAGAGUAGUGGCUGAUAAGAUGUAGAAUUUCUUCUUCAUUUAAGCUUUGUUACAUUUAAGCUUUGUUACACUGCCCUCUGCUGGGUAACUGAAUAAUCUCCAGACUUUUAUGUUUCAGACAACAUGAAAGCAAAUCGUCAACUGUGUCACUCAUUUUGAUGGCACCGCCAUAGUUUUCAUAACCUGAAGAUGAAAUAGAAGGACAUUUUCUUUUACACAAAGUGCCAGCAGUAAGCAAUAAUGAUAUGUUUGUUUUACACUUCUGUUACAAAUCUGCUGAUUUGACCAGAAAUGCUGUGAUGUGCAGAAUGUUUGUUUUUAUCUCAG